AUGAAGUACACCAUAUUGUUCGUCUCCGCAGCGGCGGAGCUUCUCACAGUCAAACUCGAAAGUCGCUGUCAGUCUCAACUGUCAAGCUGGUGGAAUACAGCAGACUUCAAAUGGUACGGAAGAGUCUCUCUCAACGGCUUGUCAUACCCAAAGGAUGUUCGACAAUCGGUGAUCACGCUUCUCUUGGUCCUACAAAGUCCGAGACUUAUUCUGACAAGCCGGUAUACGUACGAUACUGCUGGUGAUGCACAACCGCACGCGAAACCUUUAUCGAUGGAGGGCAAGAUUGUGACGGAGACGGAACUGGGUAAAGGCCCAAUGGGUCCUAACAUCAACGGCAUCUUUGGGAUAGGCCCUCCUGGGUCGUCUGUGUUCAGCGCUCUCAAGACUUUCACCCCGACGUUGUGGAACCUCGUCAAGCCGUGA